CCCGGCGAACCACCUGAGACUGACGAACACCGCAGUUCAGCCGGUCAUGUACGACGAGGAAGACGAAAUUCUUCUCGUUAGCAGUGCUGUGGUUGUAAUAGCUGCUUACCAUUGUAUGCAACGAAAACAUAAGCGUCGAUCUCGACGAUGGUGGUGCUCAAAUCUUUUUAAAGAUCGUGUAUCUAACCAGAUGUUAGGAGUCCUGAAAGCUCAGGAAAUAAGUGGCCAAUACAAAAAUUUCACACGAAUGAGCCCGACUACUUUUGAAGAUUUAUUGAUUAAAAUUGGACCAAAAAUCUGUAAGAAGGAAACACACUUGCGAGAACCGAUCACUAUUCAAGAUCGGUUAGCCGUGACAUUGCGGUUUCUAGCGACAGGAGACUCGUACUCAAGUCUGCAAUAUCUGUUCAGAAUUUCAAAGCAGGCUAUAGGAGGAAUAGUAACAGAAGUCUGCUCAGCGUUAAUUGAAGUGUUGAAAGAAAAUAUCAAGCUCCCCAAAAAUCCCGCGGAGUGGAUGGAAGUUGUGAAGGUGUUUGAAGAUCUUUGGAAUCUGCCUCAUUGUGUGGGAGCUAUCGACGGCAAGCAUGUCAUUAUACAGUCUCCAAUGAACUCUGGCAGCGAGUUUUACAACUACAAAUCACAAUUUAGUAUUGUAUUGUUUGCUUUGGUAGAUGGAAAUUACAACUUUUUAUUUGCUGAUGUGGGAUGCCAAGGAAGAAUUUCGGAUGGGGGAGUUUUUAACAACAGUAAACUGUAUGACAUGAUGACGAAGAGAACUUUGGGGUUGCCAUCUCCAACAGAACUUCCUGGACGACAGAUGAAAGUGCCGUAUUUUUUUGCAGCUGAUAAUGCUUUCGCCCUUGGAGAAAAUAUAUUGAAACCUUACUCUGGAGAUUUAGAGAAGGGUUCUUGUAAAAGAAUAUUUAAUUAUCGGCUAAGCAGAGCCCGUAGAGUGGUAGAGAAUGCCUUCGGAAUAGCAAGUUCAGUAUUCAGGGUUUUAAGAAAACCAAUCCUCCUGGAACCUGAGAAAGUUCAAUUAAUCGUUACUGCGAUUAUACAUCUGCACAAUCAUUUAAGACGGCAUUCAACAAACCUAUACACACCGCAAGAAUUAAUGGACUACGAGGAAGGUGGUGUCUUGACGGAAGGUUCCUGGAGAAAGGAUGAAAAUAUGACAUCCCUGGUUCCAUUAAGAAGUAUUCCUAGAAGAUCCUCUGCCCAUUUUCAAAAAAUAAGGGAUGAACUAGCAGACUACUGCGUUAAAGAAGGUGCGAUAUCGUGGCAGAAGUCAUAUGCUUGA